AUGGUCUUUACUCGUGGAGAUGUAUCUGGCGAGGUUGAUCAGACAAUAGAUCAUAAUGAGCCUGCCAGUAACAUCGAGGUGGUGACCUGGGAUAGCCCCGAAGAUCCUGGGAACCCGUAUAACUGGUCUCUUCGACAGAAGUGGACGCUCACAUACUUAGCGAGCUUCACCACCUUCAUCACCAUGAUGAACGGUACGAUCAUCACGGUUGCCCAUGUGGCCAUCAAUGAGGAAUUCGGCAUCUCAGACGCUUCCUUCCCCAACUCAUACUGGCCCGUGACAUCCUGGGCCGUUGGCGGCGGAUGCUUUUCGCUUCUUGUCCUCCCUCUUAUGGAAGAUUUCGGCGUAAGAUGGGUAUUCCUAUCCACAUGGGCAAUGUUCAUCUGCUUCGUUAUCCCGCAAGCUGUGGCACAGAACUUUGCCACCUUGGUCGUGACGAGGUUCUUCGCCGGUGGCUGUGUUGCUAUCCUGGCGAACACAUCUGCAACGGUCAUCGGAAACCUCUGGGACACGGAGAGAUCACGAAAUAUCCCCGUCAGUCUGUACAUCGUGACAUACCUCGUCGGUGCCAGCAUCGGUCCGGUCAUCGGAGCCCCGAUCUACCAAUUCCUUUCCUGGAGGUGGAUUGGGUACCUCCAAUUGAUCUGGUAUGGGGUCUUGUUCCCGGUAUACUUCUUCAUGUUCAAGGAAUGUCGAGGCAUCGCAAUUUUGGGCCAGCGCGCGAAGGCCCUGCGGAAGGAAGGUCGGGAGGCAUACACGCAGCAUGAAAUUGAUAGUGCAGGCACUUCCAUGCUGAGGAUAGUGGCGAGGAGUGCGACACGGCCGCUGAUCAUGUAUUUCACGGAAUCCGUCGUCUUCUUCUCGGGCAUGUGGUCAGCCUUCACGGUGGGCACGCUUUAUCUGUUCACGCAGUCAGUUGAGCAGGUGUUUUCUGGGCUUUAUGGAUGGACUCCCUCGCAAGCGGGAUAUGUGCAAGGUGCCAUUGUUAUUGGAGAGUGUGUUGGUUGGGUAGGGACACUGUACUCCGGGAGACUUUAUUUCAACUCUGCAUCCAGAAACAACGAGGUGCCCGGCACGCCUAUUCCCGAGGCACGGUUAUACCUUGCUAUUGUUUCCGGCAUUGUUGGCCUUUCUGGUGGAAUGUUUGUUUAUGCCUGGACCUCUUAUCCUUUUCUUCCGUGGAUUGCUCCGGCUGUUGGUCUCGCUAUGGUUGGAGCCGGUAGCGUCAUUGUGGUUACGGGAAUUUCAGACUACGUCGUUGAUUCUUAUGCCAAAUACGCCGGAAGUGCAGUGGGAAUCAUUGUCACGGGUGAGAACAUGUUCUCUGCCUUCCUACCGCUGGCUGCAAUGAGCAUGUACUCACAUCUGGGAUUCCGGUGGGCUAGUACCCUAUUGGCAUUCAUCUCACUCGCUCUGUCUCUUGCUCCGAUCCUGUUUGUGGUUUACGGCAAGGGGAUCCGAGCUCGGAGUCCGUUCAUGAAAGAGGCGAUGUUGGAAAAGCGGAGGAAAAGCAUAGAUUCGGUUUGA